CUCCCUUCAGGAGGCUGGGGCUGGGGCCCCUCAGGCCUGGGUCCAAGGCUCUGGGUCUCCUAAGGAAAGCUGCCUGAGGCCUCGCCGGGGCUCCCCGUCCCCCAGAAUGCUCCCCAGGUGCCUUGGCUUUUGAGCUCAUGGAGCCCUCUGUUACCCUUGGGGCCCAGACAGGGGCCCCCAACGGCAGCGGGGAACCGUCCCCGGCGCCCCCUGACUACGAUGACGAGUUUCUCCGCUACCUGUGGCGCGAUUACCUGUACCCCAAGCAAUACGAGUGGGUCCUCAUCGCAGCCUAUGUGGCCGUGUUCCUCGUGGCCCUGGUGGGCAACUCGCUGGUCUGCCUGGCGGUGUGGCGGAACCACCACAUGAGAACCGUCACCAACUACUUCAUUGUCAACCUGUCCCUGGCUGACGUGCUGGUGACAGCCAUCUGCCUGCCGGCCAGCCUGCUGGUAGACAUCACCGAGUCCUGGCUCUUCGGCCAUGCUCUCUGCAAGGUCAUCCCCUAUCUACAGGCUGUGUCCGUGUCGGUGGCAGUGCUGACUCUCAGCUUCAUCGCCCUGGAUCGCUGGUACGCCAUCUGCCACCCGCUGUUGUUCAAGAGCACGGCCCGGCGCGCCCGUGGCUCUAUCCUGGGCAUCUGGACCGUGUCACUGGCCGUCAUGGUGCCCCAGGCUGCUGUCAUGGAAUGCAGCAGUGUGCUCCCCGAGCUGGCCAACCGCACCCGGCUCUUUUCUGUCUGUGAUGAACGCUGGGCAGAUGAUCUCUACCCCAAGAUCUACCACAGCUGCUUCUUUAUCGUCACCUACCUGGCCCCACUGGGCCUCAUGGCCAUGGCCUAUUUCCAGAUCUUCCGCAAGCUCUGGGGCCGCCAGAUCCCCGGCACCACCUCGGCUCUGGUGCGGAACUGGAAGAGGCCCUCCGCGCAGCUGGAGGGCCAGGCGCAGGGCCCUCGCGCAGAGCCCCAGCCGCGGGCGCGCGCCUUCCUGGCUGAGGUGAAGCAGAUGCGCGCGCGGAGGAAGACGGCCAAGAUGCUGAUGGUGGUGCUGCUGGUCUUCGCCCUCUGCUACCUGCCCAUCAGUGUCCUCAACGUCCUCAAGCGGGUGUUCGGGAUGUUCCGCCAGGCCAGCGACCGGGAGGCCGUCUACGCCUGCUUCACCUUCUCCCACUGGCUGGUGUAUGCCAAUAGCGCUGCCAACCCCAUCAUCUACAACUUCCUCAGCGGCAAAUUCCGGGAACAGUUCAAGGCGGCCUUCUCCUGCUGCCUGCCUAGCCCGGGUCCCUGCGGCUCGCUGAGGGCCCCCAGCCCCCGCUCCGCUGCCAGCCACAAGUCCCUGUCCUUGCAGAGCCGGUGGUCCGUCUCCAGAGUCUCCGAGCACGUGGUGCUCACCAGCGUCACCACGGUGCUGCCCUGAGCGAGCAGGCCUGGGCUGCUGCUCCCUGGCUGGGCUGUCCCUCUGCUCCCAGGGCACCAGCCCCCACUGCUGGACAUGGUGUGUGGCCAGCUUCAGUCCUGGUUUUGUGUCUGACUCUGAGGAAGUCACUU